GUGAAUACAGAAUUACUUGAGUACAAAAGAAGUGAAUAUUUUUAUAAAAAAAAUGGAGAAUUCAAAAAUUGGAUGAUUCAGUAAUGAUUUGGUAAGAGGAAGGAGUAAUAUGUAAUAUCGUAAUAUCCUUCUCCUUCAAGUCUUGUUCUGUCCUUUCCUCUGCUCUCCCAUAGAAACUGUGAGGAUCUGUGGGUUUUUAUUUUUUAAGUUGUUUAAAAUCCUCAUCAAAAUAUACUGUUUGUCGAAAAUCAGUAAGUAGGAUAGAACAGCAGGGCUGCAAUGAAGAAGGGGAAGCAGAUGAAGGGUAUCGAUCUUCUGUCGGAGGAGGUGGUGUUGUUAAUCGUGGACCUCAUCGCGGAGAACCCGUGGGAUCUAAAAUCUUUCUCCCUAACCUGUAAAUGGUUCUACCAAGUAGAGGCCAAGCACCGGAGGACCUUGAAACCUCUCCGGGCGGAGUAUCUCCCUCGAAUCCUGUCGAGGUACCGGAAUACCUCCGAUCUCGAUCUUACCUUGUGUCCGCGCGUCACUGACUACGCGCUUAGCGUCGUCGGGUGUCUCUCCGGACCAACGCUCCGGUCGGUAGACUUAUCGCGCUCAGGGUCGUUCACCGCGGCGGGGCUGCUGAGAUUGGCGGUGAAGUGUGUAAGUCUGGUGGAGAUAGACCUGUCAAACGCGACGGAGAUGAGGGACGGGGCAGCGGCGGUGGUGGCGGAGGCGAGGAGCUUGGAGAGGCUGAAGCUGGGGAGAUGCAAGAAGCUGACGGACAUGGGAAUAGGAUGUAUAGCGGUGGGAUGCAGGAAGCUGAAGAGGGUGAGCUUGAAAUGGUGUGUCGGCGUCGGUGAUUUAGGAGUUGGUCUGCUUGCCGUCAAAUGCAACCACAUUCGCACCUUAGACCUCUCCUACUUGCCGAUCACAGGCAAGUGCUUACAUGAUGUUCUCAAACUUCAACACCUUGAAGAACUUCUUCUACAAGGCUGCUUCGGUGUUGAUGAUGACACUCUUAAAUCACUCACACAUUCUUCCACCUCCUUAAAGAAGCUUGAUGCAUCGAGCUGCCAGAACUUAACUCAGAGAGGUUUAACCUCACUUUUAAGCGGGGCCCGAUGUCUUGAGCGCCUUGAUCUAUCACACUCUUCUUCUGUCAUCUCAUUGGAUUUUGCAAGUAGCUUAAACAAGGUUUCAGCAUUACAGUCGAUCAGGUUGGAUGGUUGUUCGGUAACUUGUGAUGGGUUGAAGGCGAUAGGCACUUUGUGCAUUUCCCUCAGAGAGGUUAGCCUAAGCAAAUGUGUUAGCGUAACUGAUGAAGGUCUCUCUUCUCUAGUAAUGAAACUCAAACACCUUAGAAAACUUGACAUCACGUGCUGCCGGAAACUAAGUGGAGUUUCAAUCACCCAAGUCGCUAAUUCAUGUCCCUUGCUAGUCUCUUUGAAGAUGGAGUCUUGUUCUCUUGUUUCCAGAGAAGCCUUUUGGUUGAUCGGACACAAGUGUCGGCUACUCCAAGAGCUUGACUUUACUGACAAUGAGAUUGAUGAUGAAGGACUAAAAUCGAUAUCUAGUUGUGUUAGUCUUUCCUCGUUGAAACUGGGAAUAUGUCUUAAUAUAACAGACAGAGGACUCUCGUACGUUGGUAUGGGCUGCUCAAAUCUCCGCGAACUUGAUCUCUACAGGUCGGUUGGAAUAACAGACAUAGGAAUCUCAUCCAUCGCACAAGGCUGCUGUCAUCUCGAAACAAUAAACAUAUCAUACUGCAAAGAUAUCACAGACAAGUCCUUGGUCUCAUUGUCCAAAUGCUCAUUGUUACAAACAUUCGAGAGCCGGGGAUGUCCUCACAUCACUUGCCAAGGACUUGCUGCCAUUGCUGUUCGAUGUAAGCGACUCACCAAGCUCGACUUGAAAAAGUGUCCAUACAUCAAUGACUCCGGGUUGCUCACUCUCGCUCACUUUUCACAGAGCCUCAAACAGAUAAGCGUGUCAGAAACGGGGGUGACGGAUGUGGGACUUGUGUCGCUAGCAAACAUAGGGUGUUUGCAGAACAUAGCGGCAGUGAACACGAGGGGUCUAAGCCCGAGUGGAGUAUCAGCAGCGUUGGUGGGGUGUGGAGGACUAAGGAAAGUGAAACUGCACGCUUCCCUCAGAUCAUUACUUCCUCCGACUCUUAUAAACCACAUGGAAGCUCGUGGUUGCGCCUUCCUGUGGAAAGACAAUAACAAUAAUACACUUCAGGCGGAGUUAGAUCCCAAGUACUGGAAGCUACAGCUGGAAGAAGAUAACCUUGUGCCUUAGAGCAAAGUAGCACAAGUGUUGUAACUUGUGAAAAAACAUUCUCAAGGGGAACGACCAGAGACAGAGAGGGCCCCCAUUGUUGGGAUUUAGAAAGAGGAGCUAAGCUGGAAUUUUGUUGGUAUUUGUAGCCCCACUAUACACGGCACAUCUUUAUGCCUCUCUUCCUAUUUUGACAUUUUUUUCUGCGUGUGCGUGUAAUGAAAUGAGUUAAUUUUUAAUGGUUCUAUCAACUUGGCUCUGUAGUAGGGCCCGCCUUUUCAUUUCUUAAGGGGGCUUAUUCGGAAAGACCGUGAAUCCUUGGGCCUAUUAAUGGCCCACGCCAGCUUCACACCACCUUCACCGGAAAAAGAAAAUGUGUGUCAGCGACUCGAUGUAAGCUACCACCAACCACCUCACAUCUCUCAUGCACUAACGGCUACUGCGCCUUUCGGUGCGCCCGCCACUUUCUCUUUCUUUUUUCCACAAACCACCAUCUAUUAAAUUCGUCGGAACUGUAAUGAUCAUCGCUUAUAUGAACAGAAAUUUAUAUGUAUUCUGAUUCUUUUGUGAAGGAGAUUCACCUUUCAAUAACAUUUCAGUCCCAAAAGUAUCACCGGCAAAUGAUGCCAUCAAAUUUUAA